CACAAUUUGUUCUUUUUGCUUCAUCAAUUGGUUAUGAUUCGGCAAUAACCAAUUCAAUUCAGGCCUUGCCGUCUUGGAAAGUAUUUAUGAACCAUCCAACAGGAACUUGGCUAGGAUUUAUCAGCGCUUCUCCUUUUGUGGGAACAUGUGGCUCCAUAUUUUUCAUUCCCUAUUUUUGCGAUAGGUUUGGUAGAAAAGCUGUUAUAUAUGCAACAGUUCUUUUUAUUUGGAUUGGCUCUAUUGUUGGUGCCUCGGCUAAAAAUCCAGCUUCUUAUAUUGUUUCAAGAAUAUUCAUGGGAUUGUCUUUCUCAUGUAACUAUUCAGCCUCUAUUUGGAUUGGUGAAAUUUCAUAUCCAACAACUAGGGGGAUAUUUUCUGCGUGCUAUCACGCCAUAUACUAUUUUGGUUCCGUGUUAUGUGCUUGGGUUAUAUUUGGAACUCGUGUUUGCAGUGGGGAUGCUGCUUGGAGAAUACCUGUGGGUCUUCAGGCAGCGAUUCCAACAAUCUUACUUCCAGCUCUAAUUUACGCACCCGAAAGUCCUCGUUGGCUUGCUUCUGUCGGAAGAUUUGAAGAAGCUGAAGCUGUUCUUCUGAAAUUUCAUGCGAAUUAUGAAGAAGUAUAUAUUCCAUUAGUCCAACUUGAAAUGGAGGAAAUUCUUGCCGCCAUGGAAAUUCAAAAGAAAAACAAUAUUUCAUCGUGGAAAUCUUUAGUUGCGACGCCAGGUAAUAGAAAACGAUUAUUUAUUAGCUGUUUUCUUGGAGUUGCAUUUGCGUGGAACGGACAAGGUAUUGUUACCUGGUAUUUGAGUACUGUUUUCAAAGAUGUAGGUAUUCUAGAAGUUUGGAAACAAACUCUUUUGAAUGCUUGCAUUCAACUGUUUAACUUGCUUGUUGCAAUCACAGGUGCAUUUUUAGUUGAUAUUGUUGGCAGAAGAACAUUAUUUCUAAUUUCCAUUAUUGGAAUUUUUUGUUCUUAUAUUGGUUUGACAGUUAUCACAGCUGUUUACAAGGAGCUACAUAAAGAAAUUGGACAAGCUAUAAUUGUAUUUGUUUUCUUUGUCUACGGUUUCCAGGCUAUUGCCUUUGCGCCAAUGAUCACUUCUUACCCAAAUGAACUUUGGCCACAGACCACAAGAUCGAAAGGUUUGUUUUCUGCCAUGUUUUUUCUAAAUGGUGCCACUUUCUUCAAUAUCUUUGUGAACCCUAUCGCUAUUGAGGCUAUCGGAUGGAAAUACUAUUGCGUUUAUCUUGGUGUUCAAGUCAUUAUUUUCCUAGUUAUUUUUUACACUUUUCCAGAGACAAAGGGCCACUCAUUGGAAGAGAUAGCUCUUAUAUUCGACAAGGAUGAUUGGACCCAAUCUGGGCUACACAAGGAGCAAACUUCAUUGGAAGGAAAAAAAUUGUCCAGUAUUUAUGUGACCGAGGUCAGUAGUAAAGAUGAGUUGUAAAAUAGUAAAUCUUCUAGCCGACUUUUUAUUGUAUAGCUUGAAUCGAUUAGUUUAGCUUAUGCUGUGAACUGAGGAGAAUACUUCAUGCUUCC